GAACAUACACCUUAUGAAAUACAUUAUGUAGUUUUACGCUAUUGAUUUACAGAUAAUAACACACACACACCUAUGUGUACGUGUGCUUUCUGGGGUUAUUUAUAUAAGUCUACUGUUUAAAAUCCUAUGGUUUAUUUCACCAGGUAUAGAAGAUCUCAUAAGCCAUAAAAACGAUAUUAGAUUAUAUAUACGCAUGUAGAGUCGAAUACACCCCGAAUUUUCAUAAGCAUAAAAACGGACAAAACAAAACGUACACAAGAAGGGCAAAAAGGUAAUUUGGAAUUGGGGCCACGCCAUCCUCUUUUUCCUUCCUAACCUUUCUCCCGCUGUCUGCUGGUGCUUUGAUAAGAAGGAUUGAAAAAAGCUAUAAAGAAACACACACACACACUACACACACUACACACACACACUACACACACAUCAAUGAAAUAAAACAAAACACAAACCCUCAACAAUUCACACACACACACACACACACUGACACACACUCAUACGCACGCACUUUCACUCCCCCUCUGUACUAUUCCUUCCCCCAAGUAAUUGGUAAUUAAAAUCACCCCCACACAUAGUGCUUCAAAGUGUGUGUGUGUGUGUGAGAGAGAGAGAGAGAGAGAGAGUUUGAAGAAAGAGAUGAAGCUAGAAAAAAAAAUCACCCCUCUUCACUCUCCAUCUCUGUGGUUGAUAUUUUGACAAUUAUCUUUAAAAAAAAAACACAAAGUUUUAAUCUUUUUACUAUUAUAUAGCUUGCUUCUCAGUUAUUAGCCGUGGGAUUAACUCUUUUGUAAAGCAAGAGAGAGAAAGAAGAGAGAGAAAGAGAGAAUGGUGGGCUCAGGAGGAACAGACAGAAGCAAAGAAGCAGUUGGGAUGAUGGCCCUUCACGAGGCCCUUAGAACCGUUUGUCUCAAUUCCGACUGGACUUACUCUGUUUUCUGGACCAUUCGUCCUCGUCCGAGGGUUAGAGGUGGCAAUGGUUGCAAAGUUGGAGACGACAAUGGCAGCUUAAUGUUGAUGUGGGAAGAUGGGUUCUGCAGAGGGAGAUCAGUAGCAGAUUGUUUAGAUCAUCAUCAUCAUCAAGAGAUGGACGGUGAGGAUCUUGUCAGGAAAUCCUUCAGCAAAAUGUCUAUUCAGCUGUAUAACUAUGGAGAAGGAUUGAUGGGGAAGGUUGCUUCAGAUAAAUGCCAUAAAUGGGUGUUCAAGGAGCCAACUGAGUGUGAGCCAAACAUUUCCAACUACUGGCAGAGUUCAUUUGAUGCUCUACCUCAAGAGUGGACUGAGCAGUUUGAGUCAGGCAUUCAGACUAUAGCUGUUAUUCAAGCUGGACAUGGCCUUCUGCAGCUUGGUUCUUGCAAGAUUAUACCAGAAGAUCUGCAUUUUGUGUUGAGAAUGAGACACACGUUCGAGUCAUUAGGCUAUCAAUCCGGAUUCUACCUAUCCCAACUAUUCUCCUCCACCCGAACCAACACCUCGUCACCUUCCGCACUCCCCCUAAAGCAACCGCCCCCAUCGCUCCCCCUCCGGGGGCAGCCGCCCCCGCCCCUCUUCAACUGGGGGCCGAGGCAAGCGUCCCCCUCGGCGGGGCCCACGAUGCUCUCGCCGAAUUUCCAACAACACUCCUCGUCAUCAAGACUCAUCGGAAAAGACCACGAAGCCGCCGCGGCCGCCACCGCCGCACACAUGUUCCUCAUGCCCCACCACUCCACCGAAGACCACCACCACCACCACCACAACCACAACAACAACAAUAAUUAUGAAAACGACAUCAAGUGGCCCAAUGGGUUGUCGUUCUUCAGCGCACUAACGGGCCGGGCCGACGAGGCGAAGCUACUGUUCAACCCGGACGGGAAAACGGAUACGGGCCAGGAUAUGCAUGGCGGCGGGUCGGAGGAUCCGAAUCACGAGUUCUUGAGCUUGGAUGGGAAGAUGCAUCAGGAGGGGAAGUACAAGAGGAGCUUCACUUUGCCCGCGAGAAUGGCGACUUCUUCUUCUUCGUCUUCGCUCAACCAUCAGGGGCAUAAUAGUAAUAACAAUAACAAUAACAAGAAUAAUAAUAAUCAGGGGGAGUACAGGAAUGAUUCGGGGAUGUACAACGAUGUUAUGGAGAAUUUCUUGGAGUGAAUUUUUUAAUUUGGUGAGUUUUAGAGGGUCUUCUUUUAAUUUUAUUUAAGUGUUUUUUUCUGUAAUUUUGUUGUUGUUUCUUUGAUAUCUAAAACACUCUCUGCAAUAUUAUUAUUAGUUAUAGACUUCAGGUUUCUUUGA